AUGCCAACAGCUGAUUUAAUCUUCGGCAUUACGAGUAGUAUGAUAUUAACAACAAGUUACAUAAAAAGUACCAUCGAGUUUAAUAUAUUUGUGUAUUUUAAUUACUUAAAUUCAAAUAAGAAAAUGGCAGAUCAAGCAGAUCACCAAGCUGGAGACACAGGUCCACCGAAGGGGAUCCCGGCACUGAAGGCCCAUGUAGCUGCUAACAAAGUGGAUGUUGCCCUAUGGGCCAUCCGUGUUCUCACAGUACUAUUUACCAUAGGAUAUGUACUACCUAUAUUUAACAAUCCAGUGUCAGCAUUCUACAAAGCCCUCCUUGCAAACGCGGCGACAUCAGCGCUGCGGUUGCACCAGCGCAUACCCGCCCGCGAGAUCAGCGUGUCAAGAGAGUUCCUCGCGAGGUUCUUCUUAGAAGACAGCGCGCAUUAUCUCUUCUACUCACUUAUUUUCAUGAAUGUUGCACCCAACUUGUUGGUCCUGACUCCGAUCUUCUUGUUCGCGUUGCUGCACGCCGCGUCGUACUCAUUAACUAUUCUUGAUACGUUGGGCCAGAACUCGAUGUGGGUAGCCCGUCUGCUCAUAUCUCUGGUGGAGUUCCAGUCCCGCAACAUUCUGCGCGCGGCUGCGCUCGCUGAGAUCGUGCUGUUCCCGCUCGUUGUGUUCAUGGCAUUCUUUGGGUACUGCGGACUCCUGACACCGUUCGUGUACUACUACUUCGUGACGUGGCGCUACGCAUCACGCCGCAACCCCUACACGCGCAACACUUUCCGCGAACUGCGCGUCGUGGCCGAGGGCCUCUCGUCGCGCCCGGCCACCCCCGCCAUCCUCCGCUCCGGCAUACAGAGCUGCGUGCAGCUCGUGUGUCGCAUGGCCCCGCCCAUGGAACACGUGCAACAAUAA